GUUCUGAUGCAACAGAAGACACAGCAAAUCGGAUCUUCUGAUUAAUUGCAUGAGAGCAAAGUCAUCCACUUACUAAAUUUCUGUUUGGUGCUGCCCUGAGAUUGUUGGAAGAUCAUAUUACUUCCUGCUCUGGAAACUCAGUGCAGCCCAACUGCGGUAGGACUGAUCCCUCCCUAGGAGGAGUUCUCCUUUCAUCAUCUUCCCCUUCUGUGCAUGGCAACCGCUUGAACUUGCCCCUCCAAGAGUCAAGGACAAGACCAUCCCAUGGAAUGGGCCAAGUGGACUCCCCAUGAAGCCUCCAACCAGACCCAGGCCAGCACCCUCCUGAGGCUCCUACUGGAUGACCACACGAAGGGGAGGAAUGACACCAACUCCACCAGGGCUCUGAAGGUGCCAGAUGGAACUAGUGCCGCCUGGUAUAUCCUCACCAUCAUCGGCAUCUACGCGGUGAUUUUCAUCUUCCGGCUGGCCAGCAACAUUCUCAGAAAGAAUGACAAGUCCUUAGAAGAUGUUUAUUACUCAAAUCUGACCUCUGAACUCAAAAUGAAAGGACUCCAGGGCAAGGUCGCCAAGUGUUCCUCACUGACCAUUAGCAACAGAGCUGUGCUGCAGCCCUGCCAGGCCCACCUGGGGGCAAAGGGCGGGAGCAGCGGGCCCCAAACCGCAACCCCAGAGAAUCCCUGAGAGUCAAGGCCAGGAGGCCUUCCCCAGGAUGGCCCCAGACUUCUUGGAGGGGAGCAGCUUUGGUUUUACUUGGAGCCCUUGAGUGGGGCCGCGGGUGCAUCGCUGACCAGCGGUGGGGUUGCGGGUGGAUCUGGCUGCUAGUUUGUGACCAGAGCCAGCCACCCAGUUCCUCCUCAGGCUUCCAGGUGCUUCGAGAAGAGAGAGCAGGGCAGCGGUUUCUAGCCAAAUUCAAUCUUCACUGGCAAAGCCCGUGCUCUGGGGAAGGGCACUGUUCCACUGUUCUCGGAGGAAUCCGGAGACUCCUGGGGUCAUACAAAGAGGUGGCUCCUUGUCAUGGAAAGAAGAGUGAAUUUGGAGUCGAAUGUCCUGGGUUAAAAUUCAACUUCUGGGGCGUCACAUAAACUGAGCAGCUAGUUCCUCACUUGGAACAUCUAGGGUUUGGGGACAGAUGGUUUUAAAAGGCUAUUUUAUUUGAAAGACUCUGGCUUGAAUAUAGGACCAAAGUUGUUAAUGUCA